AUGCCAGACGUAACAAUUAAUAAUAUUAUUGUAAGUUUUCCUUUUAAACCAUAUGCAGUACAAGAAGAAUAUAUGACAAAGGUGAUAGAGUGUCUUCAAAAUAGCAAAAAUGGUGUUUUAGAGUCGCCAACCGGUACAGGAAAGACACUGAGCCUUUUAUGUUCUUCUUUAAGUUGGUUAUUAACAAAGAAAGCUCAGUUACAAGCACAAUCAUUAACUGGUGCAAUUGAAAAUCCUGAUUUUGGUGGAAAUUUUUUUAAAUGUUUAAAUAAUGAACUCAAAGAAAGUACAGGAGAUACAAAGCUUAGUAAUAACUUUAAUUGGACUGCACCAAAAAUUAUAUAUGCGUCUAGAACACAUUCUCAGCUUUCACAAGCUAUGCAAGAAUUAAAAAGAACUUCCUAUAAACAUGUAAGCACAGUUGUGCUAGGAUCUAGAGAUCAGCUUUGUAUUCAUCCAGAAGUUUCUAAAGAAACUAAUAGUUCAAAUAAAAUAUAUAUGUGUCAUUCUAAAGUAAAAUCUAGGACAUGUUUUUAUUAUAAUAAUGUUGAAAUCAGAAAGGAUGAUCCAUUGUUUAAACAGGAGGUACUUGAUAUAGAAGAUUUAGUAAAAACUGGACAGAAAUUCAAAUGUUGUCCAUAUUUUUUAUCUAAAGAACUUAAACAAAAUGCAGAUAUUAUCUUUAUGCCAUAUAAUUACUUAUUAGAUUCAAAAUCACGAAAAACUCAAGGUAUAGAUGUACAAAAUAAUGUUAUUCUUUUAGAUGAAGCACAUAAUAUUGAGAAAACGUGUGAAGAAGCAGCAUCUUUACAGAUAUGUAGUACAGAUAUUGCAAUGUGCAUUGAUGAAAUAACAACUGUAAUGGAAGAUAUGGCUAGUGAUAUUGAACAGCAAAAUGAUUUUACAAAGGAAAAUUUAGGAAGUAUUUCAAAAGAUUUUACAGCAGAUGAUUUGUGUAUUUUAAAAGCUAUGUUUUUAGAAUUAGAAAAAGCUAUUGAUGCUAUAUCAGUUGUAAAACGUGAUGUAGGAGAUACAUUUCCUAGUGGAUAUAUCUUUGAGUUAUUAGCAAAGGCACAAUUAACACAUGGUAAAGAGCAACUUGUAAUAGAAAAAUUGGAAAAAAUUAUAUUUUACUUGACAACCACAAGUACUUCACCAUUUGCAAGAAAAGGCAAUGCACUACAAAAAUUCAGUGAUCUAUUGAAAACUGUAUUUAGUGGUGGUAAUAGCUUAGACCAUAGAGAGAAAGUCAAGCAGUGUUAUAAAGUGUACAUUCAAAUAGAAGAAACAAAAAAAACAAAACAAAAUAAUGUUUGGGAAUCCAAAAAAAUAUGUUUAAAAAAUGAAGGCAAAGUUAUUAGUUAUUGGUGUUUUAGUCCUGGAUUUAGUAUGCAACAACUAAUGAAACAAGGUGUGCGUUCAAUAAUAUUAACAAGUGGCACAUUGUCUCCCUUGAAACCUUUUAUAUCAGAACUUGGAAUACCAAUUGAAGUUCAAUUAGAAAAUCCACAUAUUGUAAAGGGAGACCAAAUUUGUGUUGGUGUCCUUAGUAAAGGUCCAGAUGGUUAUUCAUUAAAUUCUUCUUUUAACACGAGGAAUGAUCCAAAAUAUAUAGCAUCUCUGGGACGAACAAUACUUAAUUUUAGUUGUCUUAUUCCUCAUGGUCUAUUAAUUUUCUUUCCUUCAUAUCCAAUAAUGAGAAAGUGUAAAGAAGAAUGGCAAAACAUAGGUUUGUGGACUAAAAUUGCAGAUCGUAAACCUAUAUUUGUGGAACCACAAUACAAAAGUGACUUUUUAAAUGUUAUGAACGAAUAUUGUGAAAAAAUUAAAGAUGUUUCAUGUAGAGGAGCUAUUUUUAUGGCAGUAUGUAGAGGUAAAGUUAGUGAAGGACUUGAUUUUGCUAAUGCAAAUGGAAGAGCUGUGUUAAUCACAGGUCUUCCAUUUCCUCCUUUAAAAGAUCCUAGAAUUAUAUUAAAACAACAGUAUUUAGAAGAAAUGAAGAAACAAGAUAGAGAAGCUCUAUCUGGUCAACAGUGGUAUCAACUUGAAGCAUCACGAGCUGUUAAUCAAGCUAUUGGUCGUAUUAUACGUCAUAAACAUGAUUAUGGUGCUAUAAUUCUUUGUGAUUGUCGAUUUGAUAAUUUAAGUUUUAAAAAACAUUUAUCUGCUUGGCUCAGACCACAUAUCAAGAAUUUUACUAAUUUUGGUAUUGUUAUGAAAGAGCUAAAGGAUUUUUUUAAAUAUGCGGAAUAUACUUUUCCACAACCAAAUACAGUCAAUAUGCCAUCUAUGAGUAGUUCUGCUUUGUUGCCAGCGAUCUCAGCAUCAUUUGAUGCAACUGUAUCUCACACUGUAAAAGUUUCUUCAAAACAGGAUAUUGAAACACCUUCGACUGAAGAUACCUUCAAUAUUGAUUCUUAUGCCAAUAAAGUCGGAAUAGAUAUACAAAUGGUAGAAACAAAGAACAAAAACUUAUUUGAACUUUUAAAAGUAGAGUCGAAGCCCGUAAUUAAUUUUAGCGAUUGUAAAUUAAACAAAAAUUAUACUACUUGUGAAUUAACAAGAAAUAUUAGUGAACCAGCCAAAAAAAAAAGAAAAAUAAAAAUGUUGCCAUUAGAAUUUAAUGAACAUUUAUCAGGUCCUUCUACUUCUUCAAGUGUGAAUACAACAGAAUGUAUGAACAAUACAACACAUUUUCAACAAAUAUUUAAAGAAGUUAGUAAUGAUGCAGAUAAAAAAGCUUUAGGCAAAGUAUAUUUACAAGAAGUAAAACGAUCGUUAUCAGAAGCUAAUUAUAAAAUAUUUGCUCAAAUGAUACAAGACUAUACAAGAACAGGCAAUCUGGAGAAACUAUUGAAUACUCUGCAAAAUUUAUUUUCACAAAAUAAGGGAUUGUUUCACUUAUUUAUAGGAUUUAAACGUUUCUUAAAAAAACAACAUAUCUCUGCAUUCGAAAAUUAUAUUGCUCUUAUUAGAUGCAGCAUAAUGGAUACAAAUACACAAACCUAA